AUGUGUGGUUUGUGUGUGGGGGGGGGGGACAGGGGGGGUAGCGGGAGGGACUACCACUUCCUGUCUUCACCUGUCACCCUCCACCUCCUCCACCUCCUCCACCUCCACCACAGCCCUCCACCUCCACCACCUCCUCCACCUCCACCACAGCCCUCCACCUCCACCACCUCCACCACAGCCCUCCACCUCCUCCACCUCCACCACAGCCCUCUACCUCCUCCACCUCCACCACAGCCCUCCACCUCCUCCACCUCCACCACAGCCCUCCACCUCCUCUACCUCCACCACAGCCCUCUACCUCCUCCACCUCCACCACAGCCCUCCACCUCCUCCACCUCCACCACAGCCCUCCACCUCCACCAUAGCCCUCCACCUCCUCCACCUCCACCACAGCCCUCCACCUCCUCUACCUCCACCACAGCUCUCCACCUCCUCCACACCUCUCCACCUCCACCACAGCCCUCCACCUCCUCUACCUCCACCACAGCCCUCCACCUCCUCCACCUCCACCACAGCCCUCCACCUCCUCCACCUCCUCCACCUCCACCACAGCCCUCCACCUCCUCUACCUCCACCACAGCCCUCCACCUCCUCCACCUCCUCCACCUCCACCACAGCCCUCCACCUCCUCUACCUCCACCACAGCCCUCCACCUCCUCCACCUCCACCACAGCCCUCCACCUCCUCCACUUCCACCACAGCCCUCCACCUCCUCCACCUCCACCACAGCCCUCCACCUCCUCCACCUCCACCACAGCCCUCCACCACCUCCACGACAGCCCUCCACCUCCACCACAGCCCUCCACCUCCUCCACCUCCACCACAGCCCUCCACCUCCUCCACUUCCACCACAGCCCUCCACCUCCUCCACCUCCACCACAGCCCUCCACCUCCUCCACCUCCACCACAGCCCUCCACCUCCACGACAGCCCUCCACCACAGCCCUCCACCUCCUCCACCUCCACCAAACCCGCUCCACCUCCUCCACUUCCACCACAGCCCUCCACCUCCUCCACCUCCACCACAGCCCUCCACCUCCUCCACCUCCACCACAGCCCUCCACCUCCUCUACCUCCACCACAGCCCUCUACCUCCUCCACCUCCACCACAGCCCUCCACCUCCUCCACCUCCACCACAGCCCUCCACCUCCUCUACCUCCACCACAGCCCUCCACCUCCACCAUAGCCCUCCACCUCCUCCACCUCCACCACAGCCCUCCACCUCCUCCACCUCCACCACAGCCCUCCACCUCCUCCACCUCCACCACAGCCCUCCACCUCCUCUACCUCCACCACAGCCCUCUACCUCCUCCACCUCCACCACAGCCCUCCACCUCCACCACAGCCCUCCACCUCCACCAUAGCCCUCCACCUCCUCCACCUCCACCACAGCCCUCCACCUCCUCUACCUCCACCACAGCCCUCCACCUCCUCCACCUCCUCCACCUCCACCACAGCCCUCCACCUCCUCUACCUCCACCACAGCCCUCCACCUCCUCCACCUCCACCACAGCCCUCCACCUCCUCCACUUCCACCACAGCCCUCCACCUCCUCCACCUCCACCACAGCCCUCCACCACCUCCACGACAGCCAUCCACCUCCACCACAGCCCUCCUCCACCUCCACCACAGCCCUCCACCUCCUCCACUUCCACCACAGCCCUCCACCUCCACCACAGCCCUCCACCUCCUCCACCUCCACCACAGCCCUCCACCUCCACGACAGCCCUCCACCACAGCCCUCCACCUCCUCCACCUCCACCAAACCGCUCCCACCUCCUCCACUUCCACCACAGCCCUCCACCUCCUCCACCUCCACCACAGCCCUCCACCUCCUCUACCUCCACCACACAGCCCUCCACCUCCACCAUAGCCCUCCACCUCCUCCACCUCCACCACAGCCCUCCACCUCCUCUACCUCCACUACAGCCCUCCACCUCCUCCACCUCCACCACAGCCCUCCACCUCCUCUACCUCCACCACAGCCCUCCACCUCCUCCACCUCCACCACAGCCCUCCACCUCCUCCACUUCCACCACAGCCCUCCACCUCCUCCACCUCCACCACAGCCCUCCACCUCCUCCACCUCCACCACAGCCCUCCACCACCUCCACGACAGCCCUCCACCUCCACCACAGCCCUCCACCUCCUCCACCUCCACCACAGCCCUCCACCUCCUCCACUUCCACCACAGCCCUCCACCUCCUCCACCUCCACCACAGCCCUCCACCUCCUCCACCUCCACCACAGCCCUCCACCUCCUCCACCUCCACGACAGCCCUCCACCUCCACCACAGCCCUCCACCUCCUCCACCUCCACCAAAACCCGCUCCACCUCCUCCACUUCCACCACAGCCCUCCACCUCCUCCACCUCCACCACAGCCCUCCACCUCCACCACAGCCCUCCACCUCCUCCACCUCCUCCACCUGCUCCACCUCCACCACAGCCCUCCACCUCCUCCACCUCCACCACAGCCCUCCACCUCCUCCACCUCCACCACAGCCCUCCACCUGCUCCACCUCCACCACAGCCCUCCACCUCCUCCACCUCCACCACAGCCCUCCACCUCCUCCACCUCCACCACAGCCCUCCACCUCCACCACAGCCCUCCACCUCCUCUACCUCCACCACAGCCCUCCACCUCCUCUACCUCCACCACAGCCCUCCACCUCCUCUACCUCCACCACAGCCCUCCACCUCCACCACAGCCCUCCACCUCCUCUACCUCCACCACAGCCCUCCACCACCUCCACCUCCACCACAGCCCUCCACCUCCUGCACCUCCACCACAGCCCUCCACCUCCUCCACCUCCACCACAGCCCUCCACCUCCUCCACCUCCACGACAGCCCUCCACCUCCUCCACCUCCACCACAGCCCUCCACCUCCUCCACUUCCACCACAGCCCUCCACCUCCUCUACCUCCACCACAGCCCUCCACCUCCUCCACUUCCACCACAGCCCUCCACCUCCUCUACCUCCACCACAGCCCUCCACCUCCUCCACCUCCACCACAGCCCUCCACCUCCUCCACUUCCACCACAGCCCUCCACCUCCUCUACCUCCACCACAGCCCUCCACCUCCUCCACUUCCACCACAGCCCUCCACCUCCUCUACCUCCACCACAGCCCUCCACCUCCUCCACCUCCACCACAGCCCUCCACCUCCUCCACCUCCACCACAGCCCUCCACCUCCACCACAGCCCUCCACCUCCUCCACCUCCACCACAGCCCUCCACCUCCUCCACCUCCACCACAGCCCUCCACCUCCUCCACCUCCACCACAGCCCUCCACCUCCUCUACCUCCACCACAGCCCUCCACCUCCACCACAGCCCUCCACCUCCUCCACCUCCACCACAGCCCUCCACCUCCUCCACCUCCACCACAGCCCUCCACCUCCUCUACCUCCACCACAGCCCUCCACCUCCUCCACCUCCACCACAGCCCUCCACCUCCUCCACCUCCACCACAGCCCUCCACCUCCUCUACCUCCACCACAGCCCUCCACGUCCUCCACCACCACCACAGCCCUCCACCUCCUCCACCUCCACCACAGCCCUCCACCUCCUCUACCUCCACCACAGCCCUCCACCACAGCCCUCCACCUCCUCCACCUCCACCACAGCCCUCCACCUCCUCUACCUCCACCACAGCCCUCCACCUCCUCCACCACAGCCCUCCACCUUCUACCUCCACCACAGCCCUCCACCUCCUCCACCUCCACCACAGCCCUCCACCUCCUGUACCUCCACCACAGCCCUCCUCCACCUCCACCACAGCCCUCCACCUCUUCUACCUCCACCACAGCCCUCCACCUCCUCUACCUCCACCACAGCCCUCCACGUCCUCCACCACCACCACAGCCCUCCACCUCCUCCACCUCCACCACAGCCCUCCACCUCCUCUACCUCCACCACAGCCCUCCACCUCCUCCACCUCCACCACAGCCCUCCACCUCCUCCACCUCCACCACAGCCCUCCACCUUCUGUACCUCCACCACAGCCCUCCUCCACCUCCACCACAGCCGUCCACCUCCUCCACCUCCACCACAGCCCUCCACCUCCUCUACCUCCACCACAGCCCUCCACCUCCUCUACCCCCACCACAGCCCUCCACCUCCACCACAGCCCUCCACCUCCUCUACCUCCACCACAGCCCUCCACCUCCUCCACCUCCACCUCCUCUACCUCCACCACAGCCCUCCACCUCCUCCACCUCCACCACAGCCCUCCACCUCCUCUACCUCCACCACAGCCCUCCACCUCCUCUACCUCCACCACAGCUCUCCACCUCCUCUACCUCCACCACAGCCCUCCACCUCCUCUACCUCCACCACAGCCCUCCACCUCCUCUACCUCCACCACAGCCCUCCACCUCCUCUACCUCCACCACAGCCCUCCACCUCCUCUACCUCCACCACAGCCCUCCACCGCCUCCACCUCCACCACAGCCCUCCACCUCCUCUACCUCCACCACAGCCCUCCAUAUCCUCCACCUCCACCACAGCCCUCCACCUCCUCUACCUCCACCACAGCCCUCCACCUCCUCCACCUCCACCACAGCCCUCCACCUCCCAUACCUCCACCACAGCCCUCCACCUCCACCACAGCCCUCCAUAUCCUCCACCUCCACCACAGCCCUCCACCUCCUCUACCUCCACCACAGCCCUCCACCUCCACCACAACCCUCCACCUCCUCUACCUCCACCACAGCCCUCCACCUCCUCCACGUCUACCACAGCCCUCCACCUCCUCCACCUCCACCACAGCCCUCCACCUCCUCCACCUCCACCACAGCCCUCCACCUUCUCUACCUCCACCACAGCCCUCCACCUCCUCCACCUCCACCACAGCCCUCCACCGCCUCUACCUCCACCACAGUCCUCCACCUCCUCUACCUCCACCACAGCCCUCCACCUCCACCACAGCCCUCCACCUCCUCUACCUCCACCACAGCCCUCCACCUCCUCUACCUCCACCACAGCCCUCCACCUCCUCCACCUCCACCACAGCCCUCCACCUUCUCUACCUCCACCACAGCCCUCCACCUCCUCCACCUCCACCACAGCCCUCCAUCUCCUCCACCUCCACCACAGCCCUCCACCUCCUCUACCUCCACCACGGCCCUCCACCUCCUCCACCUCCACCACAGCCCUCCACCUCCUCCACCUCCACCACAGCCCUCCACCUCCACCACAGCCCUCCACCUCCUCUACCUCCACCACAGCCUUCCACCUCCACCACAGCCCUCCACCUCCUCUACCUCCACCACAGCCCUCCACCUCCUCCACCUCCACCACAGCCCUCCACCUCCUCUACCUCCACCACAGCCCUCCACCUCCUCCACCUCCACCACAGCCCUCCACCUCCUCUACCUCCACCACAGCCCUCCACCUCCUCCACCUCCACCACAGCCCUCCACCUCCACCACAACCCUCCGCCUUCACCUCCACCUUUAUCUGCAGCCGAGAGCCCUCACAUGA